AUGCGCUUCCUCUGCCUUCAUGGGCGCGGGACCAGCGCCCAUAUUUUCAAGUCCCAAACUGCAUCUUUCCGCCUUAAACUCGAAUCUCUUGCACCCGAUACAACCUUUGAGUUCAUCGAUGCUCCAUUUGAGUCCGACCCUGCUCCAGAUGUAGUCCCCUUCUAUUCGGCUCCAUACUACACUUUCUGGCAAGGUAGUUCAGUCCCAGCCAUCAAAGCCGCUCUCGAACGAUUACAGGCCAAACUAGACCGUGAUGGCCCAUACAAUGGCGUUCUCUGCUUUUCGCAGGGAUGCAGUCUAGUUGCCAGCUAUCUUCUUUACCAUGAACGUACACGUCCGAACAUACCCCCGCCUUUCCGAUUAGCUGUAUUCAUCUGUGGCGGGGUGCCUUUGCCAGUUCUCGAAGACUUGGGUCUGCCCAUUUCUUCAGAAGCUCAAGAGUGGGAUGAUGAAACAAGGCGUCUGCUUCUAUCCAAGACUACCGACCAUAGUUGGUUGAACCGGAAGAGCGGCGCUGGUCGAGGUGCAGCCACCGAUCGAUGGGCUCCGGUCCCAGGUACUUGUCCUGUUAUCCGUGGUCUAGAGCACCAAACGAGUGUUUUUGGGCUGGAUUUUACAUUGAAGCCGGCUGAUAUGAGAAUUCGGAUUCCUACUGUACAUAUCUGUGGCUCGAAAGAUCCACGCUUCCCCUCUGCAGUACAGUUGCAUGCUUUAUGUGAGGAGGAAGCGCCGUUAUGGGAUCAUGGUGGUGGGCAUGAUAUUCCCCGAGGAAAGGAGACAUCUCAGCGUAUUGCAGAGCUUUUGGUUAAAGGGAUGAGCCGGGGAGAAGAAUGGGUGCAUCCUGCUGUCGGCGGGCUAGCGUAG